AUGUCGGAAUUACCAUCCUCCCCACCUUCGGAUCCGGUAGAUGCGAUCGCAUACUACAAAUUGCAGUACGAGCAAUUGGAGAAUGAAUUGACGGAAUUCCAGGCGAGUUCGCAGGAGUUGGAAGCAGAGUUAGAGAAGGAUGUCGAAGCUGCGGAAAGAAGGGAAAGGUUAUUGCAGGAAAAGGUAGAGAGUUUGGGAUUCGAAGUGGAAGAAUGGAAGAAGAAAUAUAAACAAUCCAAGAAUGAAGCGAAUGCCGCGCAGACUACUCUACAGAAGGAGAUCACUUCUCUGCGCGAUGCGAAUCGAACCAUGCAACUCCAACUUCGAGACAUUGAAGUUCAACAUGACGAUAUCGAGCGGCAAGCGCGAAAUACCUUCUCAUCCUUGGAAGAUAUGGAAUCAAAAUUUAAUAUGUCUAUUGAACGAGGGGUGAUGAUGGAAGAAGAAAUCAAGAUUGGCGAAAAGGAAAGAGAACAACUCCGGAUCGAGACACAACGUUUGAGAGAUGAGUUGUCGGACCUGAAAGUUGAGGCAGAUAUCAUGCAAGACAAGCUACGAAAACGACAAUUUCCAUCAAUCACAACGGAUUAUACUGCGCCAAGUACUCCCUCGUUUGAGCCCUUUGGAACAUCUCCUAGAUCCACAGCUUCUUCUCCAAUCAUCAACACUCCACCAGAUACCAAAUCUAUCUCAACGACAGAUACCAUUUCCGAAACCCCUACCCCUCCAUCUCCGCCCAUGUCAGAAGCAUCGGCGACUGCAAGACACGGACUGACCACAUCGAUGAACCCACCCCAAAGCAAUCUAAAACUACCAGCUGCGAAUGCAAGCUCGACGUCUAAACAAGGCCUAUCUCGUUACGUGUCUGGCACAGUUCGUAGUUCACGAGGCACCACACCGAACGGCAAUUCGAAAGCAAGAAGUGCGACACCAGCGGUGAUUCGCCAGACAAGACAAAAAGCACCACCUACACGCGGUUUGCCGAACUCAACCUCCCUAAGUCAUAUCAGAAGUUUGACGGCGCAAAUGCAAAGAUUAGAACAAAGAGUGCAGUCUGCGAGAUCAAAACUACCCGCGCCGGUCACUACUCCACCUCAUACUAUACCGAGAACAAUAUCAGCUAUGGGUCAAAAUUACUUGCCACCAAGUGGUACAAUAAGAGGUAGGAAGAGAACUACGGGUAGUACUGCAAGCGCGAGCACUACAUCAUCUAUGACUGGAGAUGAACCUUCAGUAAAGCACCUCCCUCGAGUCUCUGUAUCCGGAAUCAGCAGGCUUUCUUUUGGACCAGUUGCAAAUAGAGAUGGGAACGAUAGCAGUCAACAUAGUAGUAGACCACCCAGUCGACCAGGUAGUCGUGCCAGUGGAUCACUCUAUGAACGCCCACCAAGUCGAUCGACUCUCAGUCGCCCAGGCGCUAAGACGCCAGUAUCAUCUUACGCACAGUCGCAAAUUGUGGAUUCGAGAAGGGCGAAGAGUAGUAUGGGUGGAAACUACGGGGAUAGGCACGGAGAUGGAAGACCUCAUACGCACUCACAGAGCGUCUCAUAUAUUGGCUACGGCGUGGACGAGAAUCGGGAAUCUACCUACACGACACCAGUUCGUAGGGGAACUGUGCAUGAGAGUUCGGGUGGCACACCACUAUCUUCACUUCCUCGAAGGAAAAGCGGUGGACAAUCAUUAUCGAUGUCGGGCCUACCUAUGCCUAGGAGAACAAGCACAAGUCAAGGAUUUCGUGAGGAGGAUGAAAGGAUGAUUAUUAAUCCUAGACAACCAGCGGGACUCAAUAGAACUCCCACGGCACCAACAGGAAGACAAAGGAAAUUGAGUGGAGUAGGAGAAUGUUAUUAA